UUUCUCUACUGUUACAGGCGAAAUUGCUGGAGAAGCUUUACGGCGGCAAGGUCUUCGUUGGGCUUCAAAUUCCGGAUGCUGAUUCUGGUUCUCGCCGGAGUAUUGAUCUUGUGCUCGUUACUCAACGGAACAUGGAGAAUAUUUUUGAGUGAAAGAGAAAUAGAGGACUGAUAAGGGGAAGGAAAGGAAGUAAAACCAACGGACUUGAUAUCCAAACCUUGACCAUUGCCCAUAAAGAGCUUAUCAGUUGUAGUAACUAGAUCACUAUGUUGCAGGUUAAAGGGAUCCGAGGUGACAUGAUGAGUGGCGCCAGAGUCUGGGAACCAGGUUUGGGACUGUGGAUGAGGUCCUAGAAUGGAUAUGUUUGCACUGGGCCAAGUGGCUGUAGGUUGCUGUGGUUGAUGUGCAGUGCCAGGUUGAUGCUGUUAGUGUGCAAGUGAUGGUGAAGUAUGAUAAGGUGGAGUUUGAUCCCAGUUGAACUGUGGUUGAGAGUAAUAAGGUCUCUGUGGUGAUGGAUUUGGGAAUUGUGGAUGAGCUGAGUAUUGGUUAUAAUGAUUUGAGGAUGUAGGAUUUGAAGCAGUAUAGGAUGGAUUAUAACGAUGAUAGCAUAUCAAAGCAUGGUGACCUGGUUUUCCACAUACUUGGCAAGUAAUAGCAUUCCGACCUCCGGAUCUUCCUCCUCUUCCACGUGUGAAACCUCCACGACCUCUUCCUCGAUAAGAAUUAGGGUUACCAUUGUUGUCAAACUGAGCAAUUUGUACUGAAGCAUUUUCCGAGGUAUUCUCACUUGCAGAUUGAUUAGGUGCAAAUGAAAUCUCCAAACGAGCAACAUUAACAGACAUAAUAUUCGUCUGAGAUGAUUCACGAAGCUUCUGAAGUCGUACCUCUUUGGCAGACAAGAGAGAUUCAACCUUUGACAAGGUUGGAGGAUCGAGGACGCUGCAAGAGACUAUCGAUGAAGCUAGGGAUUACAUUGAUGUGUUCCUUAGAUGAAAUCGGUUUGCCAAUGGACAGGCGAUUGUCUGCGAUGGUUUGAAUUCGUAGAAGAUACUCAGAAAUGGUGCGAUCACCUUUUGCAGUUGUAUAUAGCUCGGAUUUCAGCUGUCUGGCCUUUGCUACAAUACUCGCCCUGAAGAACGUGUUGAUCUCAUUCCAGAGCUCAUACGAGUGUCUGCAAUGGAUCACCCGCGCAUGAAAAGCUUCAGAUAAUGAUGCAAGUAACCAGGAAAACAACAUUUGAUCUUGUUGUUCCCAGGUAACAUAUAGCUCAUUAACAAUUCCUGCUGCUUCAUCAUCAAUGGAGAGAAAUUGUUUCGGAAUUUCAGGUUUGAUGAUGAAUCGAAGGAGUUUGUGCGCACGUACAAUGGAUUCAACAUGAUGCUUCCAGAAAGUGAAGUUGUUAGCAUCGAUUUUGAUUGGAAGUUGAUGUGUGAAGGUGACGAUGGAAGAGGAAUUAGUGGAGGUAGCAGAGUUUGAUUCAGAGGAUACUAUUGUUGGAUCGAGAGCUACAACUCUGAUACCAUAUUAGAAAGAGAAGAGGAGAUCUGAAAUGAUAAUUGCUAUGGAAGUAGCAGUAAUCUCUGUGAAGAAUGUCUCAGGUAUUGUGAAUAUCGACAAGGAUGGUAGUUGGGUUUGCACUGGUGGACUAACACAUAAGACAGAGCGUUAUCCAGAUCCUGUAGCAGAAACGAAACAACUAAUUCCUAUUUUGGAGUCAUACCUUGAGCAAAGGGGACUCCUUUUUCCAGAGGGAUAUUUGUCUUGGAAAGUCAUAUGUCCAAAUCCCAAUUUUCGAACUCUUCAUCCAAACUCAUUUCCAUCUGAGGUGAUUUCAUAUGACCAAUUGGUACAGCCAAUGCCAGAGGAUAGGAGUUUGCUUUCCAGGUGGAUUAAAUGUGUGUUUCCUUUUGGGAAGAAAGAAAUGCUGGAAGCAAUGCUAGAGAAGCUUAAUUGUAUUCUCAGCACAGCUCCAAUGUGGGAUCGACUAGAGCUUAAGAACAACAAAUGCCUCCUAGGCGAGUUUCUGGAAUUCAAAGGGAAGAGGGAUGAUAUUUUGGCAUUACGAAAUGUAAAGAGAUCAAAAGUUAGUCGCUUGACUAUCCAAAAUACAAGCACAUAUGGGUUAGCUCCUUCAAAGAUUCAAAUUUUGUACUCACCCCGAGAUUAUCAUGGUGAAGAGACCUCAGCUUCUGAGUGGAAGAAAGUUUGUGUUCUAUCUAGCACAGAGGUUCUAUUUCAAUGUCAAGGUUAUAGUGAAGUAAAAAAUUAUAGGUUAUCUUCAGUUAUUUACAUGUCACUCAGCGUGUGAGGCAUCUUCUUUCUUUAUUUAAUACAUGAAGAUGGUACUCCGUCAGUUUUCUAUCUUUAUAUACAUCUGAUCUGACUUACAUGCCGAUUCAUGUUAGUCGACCCCAAACUCUUUUGGGACUAAGGCUUGAAUGUUGUUGUAUAUACAUUUGAUCUGACUUACAGACAGCUCUCUGUCUCUAUUAGUUUUUGCGAGUCAUACUGUGAAAGUGCUAUUGCAUCAUGUAAUGAGUCAAAUAAUAUGGAACAAUU